GAGAACUGAUGUAGUUGAGUGGUUAGGAGGCAGGAGGAAGAGGGUGGAGACAAUACAACGGAAUAUAAAGGCUGACAUAGGUCAUAGACUCAAGAGACUCAACUAGAGCUUCAGCAAAGACUUUCGCUCUAGACUGGCUUGGCCUGGGAUUCAUCAAGGAAUCGUGACUAGAACAAAGAUGAAUUCUGAAGAUUGUUCCAUAACAGAGAACAGCUCCUUGCAUCCAGAGGGUGGACAGCAAAGUAAUGCAUCCAGGCCUCAUUUUGCAACACAGCGUGAAGGGUGCCUUCAAGUUCCUAUCCCAUGUGCUGUCAUGAAUGUGGUCUUCAUCACUGUUUUAAUCAUAGCUCUCGUCGCUAUAUCAGUGGGCCAAUACAAUUGUCCAGGCCAAGAUAUGUCCCUAUUUCCAUCAAAGAGCCACGUUUCUUCAUGCUCGGAUGGUUGGAUUGGAUACCAGAGGAAAUGCUACUUUAUUUCCACUGAAAAGAGGGGCUGGACGCUGGCCCAAAACUUUUGCUAUGAACAGGAUGCGACUCUUGCAUUCAUUGAUUCUGAAAAGGACAUGAGCUUUUUAAAACGAUAUGUGGGUCUAACUAAUCACUGGAUUGGGCUGAAAACUGAAGAUAAUCAAACAUGGAAAUGGUCAGAUGGCAAAGAAUUCAACAACUGGUUCAACCUCACAGGAUCUGAGAACUGUGCAUAUCUGAAUAGUAUGGGGGUCAGCAGCACAGCCUGUGGAAAGAAUUUACACUCGAUAUGCAGCAAAGCCGCUAAAUAACAAGGAAACCUAUUUGCCUUUAGACUAUUAUAACACAAACUUGAGAAAAUUUGUGUUGAUCAAUGCUGCUCCACAGUCAGAAAUUUUCCACAAAGACUUGGGGAAAAAACUUUCUUAUUUUGGAAACCUUCUUCCAAACAAGACUAUGGAAAAAAGAAAGGGAAAUUCCAGGAAUACCUGCAGUGUGGAACACUUCUGCCAUGAGCUGAAAAAGUCACAGGUUGACUGAUCGUUACAUCCAAAAAUGAGAAGAACAACUUUAAACCUUAUGGAUGCACUUUAUAUUUUUUAGAAUUUAGAAAUAAUAAAAUAACUAGGCUUAGAGUUAUUAUUUAUUGUUAGAUGACUACCAAAACUGAGUGUGCUUCGUGUAUUUGCACUAUUUGAAAAUGGUGGUGUUAAAAACCGAAUGUAAACAUAAGACAUUUUAACUGGUCACACGGACAUUUAGUCUAAAUGCAUUUUUUUUAAAAAAUCAGAGAACAUGUGUAAGUGGACAAAUGCUUACGAAACUAAGCUUUGUGAUAUUUCUCUCUUUUUAGAGAAGUUUGCCAGGUUACAGAAUCAUUUUCCCACCAAAAGUGUGGGGUGAUCAUGUAUUUAUAUUGUUGUUUUUAUUUCUGUGUAACUCAUCUUUUUCAAUGAUACAUAAUUCUCUGUCUUAAGAAUCUUACAUGUAGCAUUUUACAGAGAUACAGACAAAAACAAAUUUGAGGAGUAUUUGUGAAAUGGAUGAAAGUAUUGGAAAAUGUGCAAUAUGUGAUGUGGCAAAUUCCUGUCAGAAAAACUUCCAUAUUAUUCAAACUUGGAAUAAUAAUAAUAGUCUUAACUGACUAUAAAUGUGUACCUUUCCUAGUCAAUUCUACCAUGUGCAAUGCUUCUUAUGAAGUAUUUUCUGAGUGCAAUAGUGUUUCUUUGUUUGUCUUUUGUAUUCAGUGCCAUUAUAAGCUGAUUAUAUGUAUGUUAAAAUAAAAGUAGAAUUGCCAAUUGGUUUCUAAGAAA